AUGGGGGUCGUCGAAGUCUUCUUGGCCGGCGCCAUCUUGCCGGUUCUGACGCUGGCCGGCACUGAUGAGGUGGUCAUAAAUACCUACGUUGAUUGGCGGACUGGUGUGGUGGUGAUGCCUGGGCUGGCGUCUCAGGCCUCCGACCCUCCGAUGCAAGGCGUGCACAUGAGGAUCAGCUCUUCUUCUUCAGCUCGUCCACCGAGAUCUGACAUUCAACGCCCGUCUUCAUCAGCAAACGCUCAUCCCCUGAGUAUGGUGACAACCUUAUCUGCCAGCGCAAGUAACUCUCUUUUGAUGCAAGCAAAUUCAAACAGAAACCGCCAUCGUCGUAAUGUUCUAAAUUCAUCGUCUGAUAACAACACUGAAAUAAGCAUGAUAUUUCAACUUUUAGAUGAAGGGGAAGAGAAAAUCCAGUUAAAUGAACGAUAUAAGAGUGUAUCUUUAGUGUUAGGUAAUACGGGAGCUGGUAAGAGUACGUUUCUUCAGUGGUUCGCUGGGAACAAUGACAAAUUGAUAGCAAAAAGGGAAUUUGGGUCAAGUGAAGCGUAUCUCAUUGAGGAUUUAAAUAGGAUUGGCAACACAACUGUAAAAUCGAGGAAAAUUUUCCCAGAGUUGGUGGUUCACACUGGAACAGAUGAUGCGUACUAUGAUUGCCCAGGAUUUAGUGAUACGAGGAGUACCAGUAUGGAAAUAGCAACAACCUACUUCAUUAAAAAAGUGGCAGAUUAUGCUGAACAUGUUAAAUUGAUUUUUGUUGUUAAUCAUUCAUCGGUUAGAAGAGGAGUAGAUAGACAAGAUUUAAUGAAAUUACUUAGACAUGUUACUGAUUUCAUAUCAGACAUUGAUAAAUAUCGGCGAAGUAUUGCCAUUAUAGUGACAAAAAUUGAUCCUAAUUAUGAAGAAGUAAACGGGAUUCAUAAUUUAGAUUCAGAUGACCUCGUUAUACGAGCCAUCGGCCAUUUUCUAGAGGAGGUUAAGCAGUGGUUGAGGGAGCGAUUAGCCGAUGCAAGUGUUUCUCGUCAAGACAAAAAAUUUUGUGAGCAAGCAAUGAAGUUUGUGGAUAUUUUAUUGAUUAUGAAAGAUGGACAUUAUUCGAGAAUCGGCAUAUUUAGGAGGCCCAAUAAGCCUGGACCUCUGAGUAGUAAUACGCUUUUACAAGAGGGAAAAGAUCAUAUAGAGAAGAUAGUGAAUGAAAACCUUGCGUUCACGGCAACCAGUGAUAGUGAUUUCGGGUAUACCAUAUCUGAUACGUCCAAGGUUGCUGUAGAUGCUCUGGCAGAAGGAAUCAAUGACAAGGUAUCGUCUAAUCUAAACAUUAUCUCAGAAAACAUGCUGAAAUAUUACAGAAAUUUAGUAGAAGAGAUGCGUAGCAAGAUAAGCUCUUUUACUAACACUACUAACUUGUUGCAGCCCGUUGUGAAGACGGCGCAAUUGGUGGAGAUGGUGGGGAUGGUGGAGGAAGGGGGUACGGCGGUAAAGCAGGUGAUAUAA